GGGCUUGUUAGUGGGAGUUCUUUUUUUGACCAAAUCAAUAGUCCUGUCCAAUUGAGCCAUCCGCUUCCAAUGUAAGCUAAGGCUUAGUUGCUGGGUUCUAUAUAAACGUUCGGUCACCGGAAAAGAGGACCGGUUAGGCCUAUCCAUCUCGACGGGUAAACAUUUUCGGUGGAGCCACCAACGUCGAUAAACCCAAAAUUCCUCCCCAUCGACCAAUCGUCCCAUCCGAAUACCCAUCACCAGAGAAAUUGAUCCUCCACCACCACCAGCUACCACCGGGCCACCUCCUCCACUAGGUACACCGCUGACCAAUACUCGAUACCGGGCAACCAUCAGAUCCAAUCCGGACCACCAUCAGAAAACCAAGACCAAUGUCGAGACUUCCAGAGGAAACUAUGAUGAUGAUCCUCUUACGACUGCCCGUCAAGACUCUCGGUCAAUGCAAGUGCGUUUCCAAGUCAUGGCGUUUUUUAAUUUCCAAUCCCUUUUUUGUUAAAUCCCACUUGAAUCUCACAAUUUCAGACCCCAACACCAACAAAUACUCCAAACUCUUCAUGAUGUACCCGUUUUACUCCCUUGACUAUGAGUCCCCAUCGUCGUUCAAAGAUAUCGAAGACGAUGAGGCCAUAGUAGAUCUGGGUUCUCCACCUAAAGAACCAGACCUUGGUGUCGAAAUCGUGGGUUCUUGUAAUGGCUUGAUCUGUUUGUUGUAUCUCCCGGAUUCCUUCAUCUUGUGGAACCCAACAAUCAAAGAGUCAAAAGAGUUACCAACCCCGCCUUUUUCGCCCUCUUAUGGCGAUUUGUGCUUCAGAGGAUUCGGUUAUAAUUCCUCCAUCGACGAUUACAAGGUGGUAAGAGCCCCUAGAGCAAAUGCAAAUCCCAACCAAUUCAUAGUUGAAGUUUUUAGUCUUAAGGCCUAUUCUUGGAGAAGGAUUGAAGACAUUAAAGAUAGUCUUGUUAUUGAAGAAGGAGAUGUGGGAAGUUGUUUGAAUGGGGCUCUACAUUGGCUAGGAAGCAGGGUUGCAGGUCCUAAUAAAAGAGUGAUUGUUUCUCUUGAUUUGGGAACAGAGGAAUUCAGGGAGAUACCAAUACCUGAUUGUGACAACACGAAUGGCACUAUUUCCUUCAAUACCUUGGGCAUGAUCAAUGGAUGCCUCAGUUUACUUUCGAAUGAAGGCAGACCUAGAAAUGUUGGGAUAUGGGAAAUGAAGGAAUACGGCGUAAAUGCGUCUUGGACUAAACUUAUAGUCCUCCCGCAAGAUGAUUUCUUGAUCUGCGGUUACUUGGUUCCGAUAUGCUUUACGAGUAACGGUGAUGUUGUGAUUGAUAAUGAUGGGAUGAGUGUGGUUAGGUACAAUCACAAGAAGAAAACAGUGAGAAAUCUUAAGGUUCGCAGUGAAGACGUCAUCGAAUGGAUAUUAUAUGUAGAGAGUCUGAUCUCUCCUAAUGGUUACUAGGUGUUGAGUUCGUGUUUUUGGAAAAGAGAAAGGACAUAUGAGAAAAAUUUCCAGUUGAUGUAGUCUACGUACAAAUGGAGUUUGAUGUUUUUUUGUAGUGCUCUUAUGCAAUGUACACAACUUGGAAAGCAUUAUGAUGAAUUUUAUCUUGUGUCAAGAAGUACAUUGUAGUAUGGUACCAAGGUAAUUCUAUUUUUGCUUGGUUGGAUAACUGGCACCCUUUGGGUCCUCUAUACAAAAAGUAUGGUACCAGGGUUUGUGCUGAUAUUGCCAGUCUAUUUCAGCUAAAGUUUUUUCUUUAAUUCAUAAUGGCGGCUGGAAGUGGCCUAGGGAGAGGAACAGAAUUAUGAGGGAGAUCAAAGACUUCACUCCAGAAGGGUUUCUACUUGAUGUAUCUAUGGAGAACUCUGUGAUAUGGAUUCCAUCCAAGAAUGGCAUUUUCUCUAUGAAGUCUGCAUGGAAUACAAUUGGAGAGCCCUUCCCACUCAGGAAUGGUGUAAGGUUGUGUAGUUCAAAAGGCAUGUACCUAGAUGGGCCUUCAUUUUGUGGAUGUAAAUGCAAAUUCGUUUAAACACUAAGGACAGAUUGUCGUUGUGGGGAAUAUUGUCUGAUGCUUCUUGUGUUUUGUGUGAUUGUGAUCCUAUGGAGUCCCACAAUCAUCUAUUCUUUGAAUGCUGUUAUUCUAGUGCUAUUUGGACUGAAGUUUUAAGGCGAAAUCAUGUGGGCAGGGCUCCAAUGAGAUGGGAUGAUGAGAAGGAGUGGUUUAAUCUGCAUUCUAAGGGGGGAUAGUAUGAGGAAGUGUGUGCUGAAACUUUCCCUUUCUGCUGCAAUUUACUGUAUUUGGCGAGAACGCAAUGCUAGAAUCUUUCAACACAAAAGGUUGGACCCUGGAUCUCUUGUUGCUACAGUUUGUAAUUCCAUUCAUGAUGCUUUGCUAUCUUGGAGGAUGUUGGAUUCUUCUCAAGGAAACAAGGACAUAUGUCGGGAAUGGAGUAUUCUCUAAUGUUUCCUUUCGUUCCUAUGUUUUGUUGUUAGUGCAGUGUUGUUUGAUGGCUCUUGUGCCUUUUACUUAGGUUGUUUUACUCUCUGGCUUGGUCUUGUGUGGCCUGCUAGGAGUGGGUUUGUGUUUUCUUUCGUUGUACCAUUUGUACAUGUGUUUGGGCUUUAUAAUGCUAAAGGUACCUUUACCGAAAAAAAAGUACAUUGUAAUAUCAUUUUAGGGAAAGGAUUGGAAUCCACAAUUGUGAAGAAUCCUUUGAUCGUC